GCCGGUCUCCUCUUCCCAGUAACCCUACUAGACCAGGGAGCUGAUGUAUUGCUUUCAUACGAUGAAGAAAUUCCAUCGAUUUCAACUACGUGGUGUUACUAGAGUUACAAAAUAGUCACAGCAUGAGCGGGUCAUUGGCUAGUGGUAGCCAGAUAUUUGCCUUGCAACCUGGCAUCACCACGUUCGGUACAUGCUCUGACUGCGACAUUGUUUAUCGGGAGAGACGAGGUGGACAAGCCGCUGGCCCUGAUCGAGUAUAACGCAGCAGGUGACUGCUACGUCAUGCAGGAUCUUGGCCUGCCGACUGGAACCUACGUCAACAACUGCCGCGUGGAGAAUUCUCGGCUUCAACUGGUGGCCGGUGAUGUCAUCCGCUUUGGAGACUGCGGGGAUCGGUUUAGAUUCCUGACGAAUUCAGAGUCGCUUUCGUCGCGCCGAAUCUCCGAUCAUCAACCGGCGAGGUUUCUCGUGGAAGGCUGCACGGGUGACGAAGAAAGGCUGCCCCAGCUGGGCAGAUCUGUCGUCACCAGCUCUCUACCGAGCGCCCACAGCCUCGUGACGAUCCCCCACCCACGCCCUGCCACUGCCAACACGACGAUGAUAAGUUCUAGGUCAGAUAUAUCAUCUGCUACCUUUACCGUUCAACCUCCCAGUCUGGAUAGAGGAGAUGGAAGCGUCUCGGCGAGGGACGGCUCCCGGCGUCUCCGUGCGAGGAGGCCGCGGACAGAACCUCCUGCCCGCAAAACCGCGCUGUCGCUGCUGCAACACGAGCUCCCCGACCUGAGGCGCCACCUGUUGGGCGACAGGGGAAACAUGCGCGCCGCGUGCUGCGCGGACGCCACGCGCCGGAUCUCUUUGAUCGAAGGCGAACUGUUGCUGCUGGCCUCGGACAUCAGUCGUGCGGGGAGUGAUCAGGUGCUUUCUCGCGUUUGA